AUGCGAUCGUUCAGUGCAUCGGGAGUUCAGCUUCACAGAGGAGAGGAGGAGGAGAGGGAGCCCCCACCCCCCUCUCAUGACUCCAACCACCAGUUUGCCAGCAUGAAGAACAAGUUCUUCAAUGAGCUUACGCACCUGCCAAAUCAUAAACUCAAGUUGCCCAUGUGGGCUGUGGGUGCCAUUGUGGUGGUGAGCCUUGCCCUUGUCGCCUGCCUGGGAUUCUGCAUCUACAAGAAGUGCUUCAACAAGGCCAAGAAGCCCAAAAAAGCCCGUGAGAGGAAGGCAGGACGAGGACGCAGGAGAAGGGAGAAGGAGGGAGAGGAGCCAGAUGAGAAGAAGGAAGGAGAAGAAGUGAAGGUAGAGGAAGAGAAGGAGUACUUUGGCAAACUGGAGUACACAGUGGACUACAACUUUACUGAAAACCAGCUGAUAGUCGGCAUCCUCCAGGCUCAGGACCUCGCAGCUAUGGACAUGGGUGGGACCUCAGACCCUUAUGUCAAAGUUUACAUGCUGCCUGACAAGAAGAAGAAGUUUGAGACUAAAGUUCAGCGAAAGAACCUGUGUCCUAUCUUCAACGAGACCUUCACCUUUAAGAUACCCUAUACUGAGUUGGGUGCUAAGACUCUGGUGCUGCAGGUUUUUGACUUUGACCGUUUUGGUAAACACGACGUCAUUGGUGAGAUCAAGAUCCCCAUGAACACCAUAGACCUCGGACAGCCAAUACACGAAUGGAAAGAUUUGGUUUGCGGGGAGAAAGAGGAGCAAGAGAAACUGGGUGAUAUCUGUAUUUCCCUUCGCUACGUCCCCACAGCUGGUAAGCUAACAGUUAACAUCAUGGAAGCCAAGAACCUGAAGAAGAUGGAUGUGGGAGGACUGUCAGAUCCCUUCGUUAAGGUGGUGCUGCAGCACAACGGGAAGCGAAUCAAAAAGAAGAAGACGUCAGUGAAGCAAAACACUCUGAAUCCUUACUUCAAUGAGAGCUUCAGCUUUGAGAUCCCCUUCUCCCAGAUCCAGAAAGUCCAGCUGCUGAUCACUGUGUACGACUACGACAAGGUAGGCAGCAACGACCCCAUUGGCAAGUGUUGGAUCGGCUAUGGCGCCUCAGGCCUCGGCCUGCGCCACUGGUCAGACAUGCUGGCCAAUCCCAGGCGUCCUGUAGCCCACUGGCACACGCUGCAGCCUGAAGACGAGGUGGAUACGGCUCUCAAGGCCCCCAUUCGCUAA